AUGCCUACCUCAUCAGGAGACCUGCAGCUUGCUGCUGCAGCAGCGGGCUUCACCUUGGGCUUCGGCACUCUCACAACAUGGAGGGCUGUCAAACAAACGCAGCAAAACAAGUCACCUCACCGAAGUGCCUUCAUCUACAUGAUCUGGGGAGAGAUCCUGGCGAAUCUUCUGAUUGGUAUCCUGGGAUGGCUCUUCCUGAACGAUGUCCUACAGGCCGACCCUAUCGUGCUGUUCUUCAUUCUGUUCUGUUAUGUGUUUGAAGUCCAACUACUGCUUCAGAUCAUCAUCAACCGCAUUGCCAUCAUUGUCGAGCGAAGGACUAUGGCGGCCAAGCUGAAAUGGGCCACUGCCAUCUUCAUCUCGUUGGUCAAUAUCUGUGUUAUGUGUAUCUGGAUUCCUGCUCACAUGGCCAAACCUCCGAGUCAAACAUACGUCACUAUCAAUAAGUACUGGGAUCGUGUUUCGAAAAUCCUCAUCUGCCUUGUCGACGCAGGCCUUAACUGGUACUUCAUCCACGUUGUCGAUGCCCGCCUCGUCAAGCAACACGGUCUACGCAAGUACAAGCCUUUGAUUGGCUACUACACUCGUCUUGGAAUACUCUCUAUUUGCAUGGACGUCAUGCUUCUUGGCCUUAUGGCACUACCCAACCAGGUGGUUUACAUUCAAUUCCACCCUGUCGCAUAUAUGGUCAAGCUUUACAUCGAGAUGAGCAUGGCAGACCUUAUUGUCAAGGUUGCAACCACCUCUGAGAUCGAUGUCCGUCCCAAUCACACAUCAUCUGGAACGCCAUUCCCCGAAAGCAGAACACAUCCUCAGCGUACAUUCAACGAUCGCGACACGGUCAACGGAGCAAAGAACACUGCGCACAUCGGUCAUACAGGUGUCAGCACGAACAGAGAAGAUGUCAAGGGAAUCCAGAGACAGACAGAAGUUCAGAUCUUCGUUGGAGACUCUGACAGCGAGAAUCACAACGACGACCUGGGAAAGAUAUCAUCGAGGAAUUCGGCCGAGGACAGCUACGACGAUCAUGGCGCGCCGCGUUACAACUCGAACAACCCCUUCAGCACUGUACGCGACCAACAUCGUCUUUCUGACGAGUCACAGAUACCUCUGAAGGAUCUGCCCAGAGCUGGCGAAACAGUAUAA